CGACGGAGAAGCGCGAAGCUUGUGUGUAAACGAGAGCUGAGCAAGUACCGGAGGUGGAGGUGCUUGCCAGCGAUGGAGUGUAAAUACUCGAGCACCAGUCGCCGCGCGAUUGACAUGGCAAGACAGUGAGCCGACACAAAGUGACCCUUUUGUUAUCCGUACGUGUGCCGAGCAGUUUUGUGGCCGCCGGACGGCGCGCCACCGAGUGUCCGAGAGUGUGCGAGCGAUGGUUUGCGUGCGUUGAUGACCAUACUGUAGUUUCUCGAGAGUUUUGUGUCCACUGCGGCCGAGCGGACAGCAUGCUCCCCAAGAAAGGCGCCAACGGCGCCGACCCCUUCUUGUGCGACCACUGCGAGCUGGGGCCCGAUGUGCCCCUCAAAAUCGAGGACGUGGCCGACAGGGGCUCCGCGGUCGUUGGCACGCCCCCCGACAGGAUGAUGUCAGGGUCGUCCUGCCAGGCCCUGAGGCACGCCGUUGCCUCCCUUAACCGACUGGACGACUUCACCUCCGAAAAGAUCGGCUCCGGCUUCUUUUCCGAGGUCUACAAGGUGGUGCAUCGAACCACGGGGCAAGUUAUGGUGCUCAAAAUGAACAGGGUUCGCGGCAACAGGCCCAACAUGCUGCGAGAAGUGCAGCUGAUGAACAAAUUAUCGCAUCCCAAUAUAUUAGGAUUUAUGGGAGUCUGUGUUCACGAAGGACAACUUCACGCUUUGACUGAGUAUAUUAAUGGAGGCAGCCUGGAGCAGCUGAUUCAGAAUAGGCAAAUAGAGCUACCGCACAUAUUGCGGAUAAAGUUGGCGAACGAUAUGGCCAGAGGGAUGGCCUACCUGCAUUCCAAAGGCGUCUUCCACAGGGACUUCACGUCCAAGAACGUACUGAUUAAGAGGGACGAGAAAACGGACGAAAUGACCGCCGUGGUUGGCGACUUCGGCCUGGCCGCCAAGAUCCCAGAUUCAAGGAGUAGAUACCGUCUUCCGACUGUCGGUUCUCCUUACUGGAUGUCGCCUGAGUGCCUAAAGGGCGAGUGGUACGACGAACGCUCGGACAUCUUCUCGUUUGGGAUCAUCCUGUGCGAGCUGAUCGCCCGAAUUGAGGCAGACCCUGACGUCAUGCCCAGAACUGAAAACUUUGGACUGGACUACAUCGCGUUUGGCGAGAUGUGCGGUCCAUGUCCACCAGACUUCCUAGCCUUAGCUUUCUCCUGUUGUACUUAUGAACCAAAGAGUCGUCCUUCGUUCGUCGAGUUGAACGAGCGGCUACAGGCUCAGAUCGAGUCUUACAAGAGCUCAGCGGCAACAAGGAGCGCGGCUUCGCAGGUCAACAACGGCGGGAGCCUAGUGGUGGAGGCGGUGCGCGACCACAAGUCGCCGUCGCCAGCCAGGAGGGUCAGCCCGUGCAAGGAAAAGUCGCCGGGCGUGAUGAACGCUCGCAGCGAGGAGGUCAUCGCUGAGGUGAGGCCUGAGAGGCCGCAGCUCUGCUUGAGAAAAUUGAGCCACCGACGCUCGCUUUCCGAAGAGGUGAUACAGGCGCCGACACCGAGCGACAAGGCACGCUGCCACUUCAUUUUCAACCGCAACCUGUCGCCGCCGCCACCCCCCGCGGAAGUGACAGCAGACGGGCUGCUGCUGAAUCCGCAGAUGCUGGGCGAGUGCAUGGGCCGCAAGGACCCGCACUACAAACCGUGCCAGGGCAAUAUGAACCCUUUCACUGCGCUGUCGCAGUUCCGCGGCGCCAAGAAACUGCUGCCUGGCGCAAGGGAGUCGACCAGCUGGGCUGAGGGAGACCUCUUCUCCUCCUGCUUUGAGCUGCCGUCGUCCUUCUUCGACGCCUUGGCCGCCGCCGAUGCUGACGCGAACAGAGCCUCAGCGGCCGCGCUGGCCUCCGCCGCGCUGAAGAAAAAGUCACUGACGAAGAAACAGACGCUGUCGUUGCCGUCGUCACCCACGGCCGUGCGCAGAAAGUACUCGGCGCCCGACGGUAGACUCGACGGGGCCUGCGGCGGCCAGUGCGGUCACGCGGGAAGGAGGACCGCCCCGUCGCUCUUCGCCCAUCCCCUCUUUGUUGGGCGAACACGAAGUCAGCCUAAGCAGUCAUUGCGGCAAACGCCGAGCACCCCAAUGGCGUCGGUGCACCCACUUUUGGCGCAGCAGCGCAUCUGCAACUCGACAACCAACAUCCUGGAUGAGCGAUGCGUUGAUUCAGUGGGCUACCCGCUGUUGCGGAGACGUGGCUCGUGCGAGUCUGGCUUCUUCAGCGUGGGCGAAGGCACCAGCACGUCCGACCUCAGCCCAGACUGCCAGGCGUCGCUGGACGAGUCGGUGGCGGCCGCGCUUGGCUGUCUUUCCUCCUCAGGGGGACUCUCCGAGUGGCAGGAUCUACUCGAUGAGUAUUCCAGCCUUGGGCUUGGCUCUAGCACAGGCAGCAGCCGAUCGCAUUUUUCGGCCAAAAGGUCCUCCUCCAUCUACACUGACAGCUCCGAGGACAUCUCCAGCCUAGGCGGCAGUGACUUCAGCUGGGAUGAGGUGACCCGUCCACCUUGCGCUGGCGGCAACCUGAGCAGCCAGCAUCAGCACAUUACACGCAUUGUCGAGUACUUUGAGCGAAAGCAGCGGACCAACUGCUGCGAGGAGGACCCGCGCAAGGAGUCGCUGGCAGCCAUCUGGCUGGCGCGGCAGCACCGCGAGCUGCUGUUCCAGGCGGCAGCCAAGAAAUACCCGGGCAGCUCGGCGCAGGCCAUCGAGGCGCUAUCGCACCGGCUGGCCAGGGCGUCGCGCUCGCCCAAGAUCGCGCAGCUGCAGAAAUGCCUCGAACGGAUGCCACUGGAAAAGCCGGUCGUGCGCAAGACUUCCAUCCCCCAGAGACUGAGCAUUUGCGAGGGCACCGUCCGCUCCAAGCUGCAGCUCUUCGACAAGAAGACGAGCUAGGCAGUUCCCCCUCCCCUCCAGCCCCGAGCUUGACUUUGCCAAAGUUAAAUAAUUCAGUGCCAAAUAUGCGUUUACACACAGAAUUAUUAUUGUCUGGGAAUCCCAAGGGGCAAUCAGAUGGCUCUGUGGAAUAUUUUUUCAUGUUAUUUCAUGUUGGAGACCCUUUGCUGGCCCAUUGAUACCACCAAAAUUACAAAACAGCCAAAUUGACUGCAAUCAGCAUUUGGUCUCAAAUUUAUUAGUUAAAUUUAUUUUUGGCGGGAUCAAUUGGCUAGCAGGAAGAUCCUAUGCAUCCUUAAUCAAUGUGCCCUCUAUGGAAGUUGUAAACUUUUGGUUGAGGGUUUCAGAUUCGUUUAUCCAGAAAAUGUGGGAUCUCGCUUGGAACCAUAGUUAAAAUGGAAGGUUUGGUGAAUUAAAUUAUGAAGCCAGCUUUGCAGCAAAAACCUGUUGACAUGACUAUCCUAGCGAACUCUGAUUGUUGAAAAUUUUCUUUGUUAACACCACAAAUAGCCACCCUGAGAGCCCCUUCAAUGUUAGCUCAAAAAUGCUAGUGCCAAAUGUGCGGUCUUCAAACACCAAAAAUUUUUGCAGUUCGAGCUCGGGCGCUGCGUCCCUGUCAUAUCCUUGCUGGUCAUGUUCCACCGUCUAAAAUAUGGAUUGACUUCCACCUAUACCGUUUCUAGUGGUGUUCGGUUAAUGGGAGAGCAAGAACAGUAAUUUUUUAACCUGUAACACAGAGAAAGAGAGGUAAUAUUUUUGUGCUUCCUUCUUUGGAAGAGAGUUUUCUAGUGUGAUAAAGACACAAUGCCAUACAAGAAAUGUUGUGUGAAUUGUGCGCUGACCCUCCUGUUGUAAUAAUUAUUACUAUCGCUAAGCCAAAAUUAGAAGGAACGAAGAGUAGAGUUGGAAUCCAUCCAUCCACACUCACCCCUCAUAUCUUAUUGUAAUAACAAAUCCGCAAUAAAUUAAUAACACACUACUUCACUUGCUCAAAAACAACAACAACAACAACUCUACUUGACACCAGCAGCAUUCGAUCCUCUGGUGAUUUUAAUACACUGAAUUAUUUUCCAUUUUCACUGAAACUCUGGAUCAAUUGCAUUUCAUUGCUUUUCUCUGCUUCAUUAUUAGUUCUGGUUCAUCAUCUUCGAAACAAGUACAAAAGUAACUUAUGAGUAUUUCCAUGCUUUCUGCAGCUCAUUUAUGCGAUUAACACUACUCUGUACUAAUUCUUUGCCGUCUAGUCACUGUUGGAUGAGUUUGUUUUGUAUCCGAUCAAUCACACUUGCAAACAGUAUAUUUGAGUUAUUUUGGUUAUGGGCUUCAGAUUCUAUUUCUUGAGAGGAAGUGAGCCAGUCACUAGACUUUGGAUAGACUAAUUAGGAUAAACAUCUAUUAUUAAGCAUAUUGAAAUACAUUCGUGUCGUCCUUUCUAAAAUUAACCUCAUGAAAUAUUUAGUAUGUUGCUGUUUCGUUAAAAAAUUAAUCCGAUAUAAUUUUUACAAUGGAAAAUAAGUGCGCAAGGUUUAUUGAGUGACUUGGUAUUGAGUAAAAAUACUGUGUAUCCAGGAACAUUGUAAACCGAACUGUUAGGCUAAUAAUAGAUGAAACUGUAUUUUGGGAAAUAUUGUAACCACACAGUAUACGGGUUUGAAAGUAUUUCCUGAACUUUUAUUUCGGAACUCUUGCAAUGCAAAGUCACUCAUCAUCAGUCAGGCUAGAAGCCUCGUUGGUCACGAAAAUAUGGAAAAUAUUAUUAAAGCAAGACUGAAGCAAAUGUUGCAGUAGUUGCAGUUCAGCAGAACUCAAGGCAGACAUUUUUGGUUUUCGGCGGCUCAAAGUUGCAGAGAGUUUUCAUUUUGCAGUUUCAAAUGCAUGGUUCAACCAGAGCUGAAAAAUCUGCCUUAAAAGUCCUGUUGCACUACUUAAUUAAAAGAGAGUAUUAGAGCGAAUUUGUACAUUGUCAUAAUGUGUAUGGAGAUGAAGAUUAUCAUUAUUAUUAUUAUUAUUGCUAAAACUAUGAUUUUUGCUGAUUAUAAAAUGCGUUGUUUUAGAAUCAAGGAAAAUAAAAUGUUACAACCAAUUGUAAUUGUCAAGUAAACAA